AUGUCCAACCUCACUUCUGAGCCAGAGUUUGAGCAGGCUUACAAUGAGCUCGCCAGCACCCUCGAGAACAGCACCCUGUUCAAACAGCACCCCGAGUACAGGACAGCGCUCAGCGUCGCUUCGAUCCCCGAACGAGUGAUCCAGUUUAGAGUGGUGUGGGAAGACGACAAGGGCAACCUUCAGGUCAACAGGGGAUACCGUGUUCAGUUCAACUCGGCCCUUGGUCCUUACAAGGGCGGCCUGCGCUUCCAUCCCACUGUCAACUUGUCGAUUCUCAAGUUCCUUGGCUUUGAGCAGAUCUUCAAGAAUGCAUUGACUGGAUUGAACAUUGGUGGUGGCAAAGGUGGAGCCGACUUUGAUCCCAAGGGCAAGAGUGAGGCUGAGAUCAGACGAUUCUGUGAUGCCUUCAUGAGACGACUCUGCCAGCACAUUGGUGCCGAGACUGAUGUUCCGGCUGGUGAUAUCGGAGUCGGUGGCCGCGAGGUUGGCUACAUGUUCGGAACAUACAGGAAGGAGCGUAACAAGUGGGAAGGUGUCCUGACUGGCAAGGGAUUGGCCUUUGGCGGCAGUCUCAUCCGGCCCGAGGCGACAGGUUACGGUCUCGUCUACUAUGUCGAGGAGAUGAUCAAGCAUGCCGGCAAGGGUGACUGGAAGGGCAAGCGCGUCGCCAUUUCCGGCUCUGGCAACGUUGCCCAGUACGCUGCGCUCAAGUGUAUCGAGCUUGGCGCGUCGGUUGUAUCCUUGUCCGACUCUACCGGAUGCCUUGUCGCCGAGGGAGACGUCGUGUUCACGCCCAAGCACAUUGAAGAGAUCGCCAAGCUCAAGCUUGCGCGCCAGUCCCUGACAACCUUUAGCGCUCAAGGGUCCAUCAAGUACAUUGAGGGCGCCAGGCCCUGGGUCCACGUCGGCAAGGUCGAUGUCGCGCUGCCCUGCGCCACACAGAACGAGGUCAGCGAGAAGGAGGCCGAGGCCUUGGUCAACAACGGAACUCUUUUCGUGGCCGAGGGAUCCAACAUGGGCUGUACACAAGGUGCCAUUGACGUGUUCGAGGGAGCCCGCAAGACGAAGGGCCAGGACUCUGUGUGGUAUGCCCCAGGCAAGGCCUCAAACUGUGGUGGUGUCGCCGUGUCUGGCCUGGAGAUGGCUCAGAACAGCCAGCGCACAUCCUGGACCACCGAAGAGGUCGACAACAAGCUCAAGACGAUCAUGAAGGAGGCUUUCCAGAACGGCCUGGAGACGGCAAAGAAGUAUGUCGAGGCAAAGGAGGGUGAGCUGCCCAGCUUGGUGGCAGGAAGCAACAUUGCAGGCUUCAUCAAGGUGGCGGAUGCCAUGCGUGACCAGGGAGACUGGUGGGCUUCUCAGGCCUGA